AUGGACCUCAACACUCAUACUACAGCUACCUCCAUCGACGAGACCCCUCUCUCCGCAUCUCCCGAACGUCGCAGUUCCCUGGAGAAGCAUCUCCAGUGUCGUCCCGACGUGCAGGAUCUCAAAGAUAGACAUAUCCUGCUGGACACGAAUGUUGCUCCUUCCCUCCAAGCAACCCGCCAAGAACUCGCCCGCCAACGCACGACAGACGCCUUGAAGAAACAUCUUGAACAUCGGCCGGAGAGGGAGGAGUUGGUUGAGCGAAACAUCCUCCCCACCACUCACGCCGCCCCCGCACUGCAGGCCAAUGCCCGUGAGCUCGAGAAACAUAUGUUGGCUGAUCACCUCGACCAUAAGAUUCAGAAUCGGCCCAAUCCCGAGGAUUUGAUUUCGCAGGGCAUUUUGACGGAGGAUGAGGAUCCGAGGUUCCCGGCUGUUUAG